AUAAAGAAUAUUGACGAGGCAGUGAUUCAUCUUGCCGCAGCUCUUCUUCUUUGACAGUCAUCCCGGAAGACUUGCUUGGCGAUGAUGAUGCGGUAAAUCAAGGGGGAGUUUCCUGUCUCGCCGCAGGAAUGCCGGGUGGAGAGUACGGGGAGCUCGGGGGCAGCCUCCCUGCCAUCGCCUCCCUGAACGCAUCCUAUUCUACAUCACUGUCCCUGCCUUCCCCAUACCUGUUCGUACCACCUGCAGAGCGCAAGGCCAUCUCCGACGUCCGCCGCACCUUCUGUCUCUUCGUGACUUUCGACCUCCUCUUCAUCUCCCUGCUUUGGAUUAUUGAGCUGAAUAUCUCCAGCUCAAUCUGGGACAGUUUGGAAAACGAGGUCGUCCGUUACAACUUCAAAUCUUCCUUCUUUGACAUCUUUCUCCUUGCUUUGUUUCGUUUCCUCUGUCUACAAGUGGGUUACGCCGCUUUUCGGCUGAAGCACUGGUGGGUUAUCGCGAUUACCACUCUAGUGACUAGUGUCUUCCUUGUUGUGAAGGUCAUCGAGUCUAAUCUCCUGUCCCAGAAUGCCUUUGGUUAUGUGUUACCCAUCACCUCGUUCGUGGUGGCCUGGCUGGAGACCUGGUUCCUUGACUUCAAGGUGCUCACUCAGGAGGCCGACGAUGAGAGAGCCUACCUAGCAGCGGUGAACGCAGCCUGCGAACGAGCCCCCAUGAUCUACCCCCGCGCUGUUUCAGACGGACAGUUCUACUCUCCACCUGAAUCAGUUGCAGGCUCUGAAGAAGAUCUGGAUGAGGAGGGUCUCGGUCGCCGUGCCGUCACUGCCCAGGAGAAGGAGUAUGUCAGACAGGGUCGUGAGGCCAUGUCUGUGGUAGAGCAGAUCCUCGCCCAGGAGGACAACUGGAAGUUUGAGAAAAACAAUGACAUGGGCGACUCUGUCUACACUCUGGAGAUUCCCUUCCAUGGCAAGACUUUCAUUCUCAAGGCCUUCAUGCAGUGUCCCGCUGAACUCGUGUAUCAAGAAGUGAUUUUGCAACCGGAGAAGAUGGUUCAGUGGAACAAAACUGUUUCUGUCUGCCAGAUCCUCCAGAGGGUUGACGACAACACUCUAGUAUCAUACGAUGUCUCCGCUGGGGCAGCAGGAGGCGUUGUGUCUGCCAGGGAUUUUGUUAAUGUUCGGCGGGUGGAACGCAAACGAGACUGCUACCUGUCUGCUGGCAUGGCAACCGACCACAAUGCCAAACCUCCGAGCGGUCGCUACGUCAGGGGAGAGAACGGUCCAGGCGGAUUUGUGGUCCUUAAAUCCAGCAGUAACCCGUCCGUCUGCACCUUCAUCUGGGUCCUCAACACAGACUUGAAGGGCCGACUCCCCCGCUACCUCAUCCACCAGAGCCUGGCUGCCACCAUGUUUGAAUUCAUGUCCCAUUUACGCCAACGUAUCGUUGACCUGCGGCCCUCUCUCCGCUCCCACCAACACAUUUAAACUAAGAGACCAGGAGAGAUGUCUAACUGUGCCACAGCUGGUUGAGAGGCGUCACUACAGUUUUUUUUUUUUUUUUGUGAACCCUAAAACGGGCGUAGCGACACCCUUUUGAUGCACGUAAGCUGAAGGGACGUCUCACCGUAACAGAAAAGACUGCUUCUCUAAGCAUAGGAGAUGUGAGACGUUUCAGUCACUGGACAAGAGGAGUCAUUCGGUUACCAGAGAGACGAUGCUCCUCCUCAUUCUUCAACUUCAACAAAGUUGUUUUAAGCGUGAUCGCAUACACAUAUUUUUUGCGUGGACCUGUACAUGUUUUGCUGUGUCUCACCAUGCGAGGAGAACUGCGUUCCCUGAAGCCAUCUUGACUCAGGGUGGACUUUACUGAAACAAGAAGACCCGGAUAUACGUGACUCUCACUGUGUGGACAUCUGUCUCACUUAUUAGGAAAGAACUGAUGCAACGGCAUGACUGAAGUCUUGUUCUACCAAGCAGCUGUCUCUCUGAGCCUUAUCUUACUGCACACAUUAUUAGCUAUUGAUUUGCUGCUUUUGUUUUUUUUUUGUUUUUUUUUCACUGCACCAUAUAUGGUUCUCUGGUGCACCUGCCCUAAAACAAAUCCACACUUCACUGCAAUGCCUGUAACAAACACUUCAUUUGAAUGGGUAAAAGCUUUUUCCACAUAGUUUGUCUACACUGUGAUAGAUCGGGGGAAAGGAGACGCCUUGAUGUCUGAUCACCACAAGGGGGAGACACCACUGAUCCACUAAGAGAAAGCCUCUUGAUUUAACUUCAUCACCUGUCCCAAGGUGCUAAAACUCGCUGACAGGCUGCAACUAAUGAUUUUUAUAAUCGAUUAAACUAUUUUUUCGAUAAAUCUGUUGGUCCAUAAAACAUCAGAAAGCAGAGAGACUAAUCACAAUUUCCUAGAUUCCAAGGUGAUGUCAACAAAUAUCUUGUUUUGUCUGACCAACAGCUCAAAAACCAAAGAUGUUCAAUUUACUAUAAUGUUCAGACAAGGAAA